AUGUCUUAUAAUGAUUCUAUGUUUUUACCGCCGUGGAAUACAUGGUCAAAUGAUUUCAUUAACGCUGAAAAUUGGGACAAAUACAACGAUGAUCAACUUGUAUUUAAACACCCUGGUGGCCACGUAUACCUACCAAUAGAAAUUGCCCAAAGUGUCAAAUUAUGGAAAAGACCUGGCGAAAUAUUUAGCAGUGAUGGACUUGUCGUUCAACCUAAAGGAAAUGCAAACGAUAUUGAUAAUUUAUUGACCGUCAAUGAAUCACUAAUGAAUGUUAAAGUUUAUCGAUGGAUACUGUAUCACAUUGUAUUAUAUACAUCACGGUUUAAAAAUAAGUGGCCACAACCGUGGCAUCCGUCUAAUUUGGUUUUUUCCCGUUGCAAAACUGAAGUGGCGUGGAAUAAAAAAUCAAAACCCGAGUACAAUCCGUUCGGGAAAUAUUGGCUUAAAUUAUUUUACAUGGGAAAGUUUCGUAUGAUAUGCGUUAGCGAUCAUUUACCAAUAAGUGCCGACGGCCGCAUUUUAUUACCUCUAUGUGAAGACAGCAAAGUUUUAUGGCUACCAUUACUUGUCAAAGGACUGUUACGUAUUUACUCGCUCGCCGAUGAGUUUGAUCAAUUCAAUACAAUAACGUGUCUAACUGGAUGGUCUUGUAUUCAAAAAGAUUGCCAACUCGUUUCAAAAGAAAAUGUAUGGUCAUCGAUUUUAUCUCAUUCGUCAAAUUCGGUUUUGGAUACUGGACAUUUAGAUUCAGACAGCAAACAAAAACAGAAAAAAAGCUCUAAGCAUAAAGAUUGUUUUCAGAUAAGGACUAUCACAGGUCCACGAGUAUGCCAUUACGAUGAAUUUAUGUCAAUUUAUGGAGCCAAUCCCCCGAACUCAAUAGUUGUUGGACUUGUAUUGUCACCAACUAUCUAUAAAGAAAAUAGUUCUGAACCAUUGAGCGGAUACUCACAACCACUGUUUUUAAAUUACGCCAAGAUGAUAAGGAAUAAAUCAUUACCAACUUGGAAAAAAUAUCGAUGGGCAAAAUGGGCGACUGACAAUAAUUUAAUCAAAAAGCAUGGUAUACCUAUGAAAUUAAUUAUGUAA